UAUAUUUUCAAAACCAAUUUGCGGUCACGUUGAUUUCAAUGCCAAAAGUUUAGUUACUUUUAAAGAAUUGCAAAUAUUUUUUUGUAGACGAAUUUAACUCUAUUUAAAAUGACUGAAGAAAGCCUUAAAGCAGUGCCGUUGGUGGAUAUCGAUGAUUGUGGUAUAUUUAAAUAUGUGCUAAUUAAAAUCUUUGGUAAUGAAACCGGCGAAGGCAAGGAACCCAGCACAACUGUAGUUCGCGGCUAUGCGGAUUGCACUUGGCAUGCUGACAUCUAUGAGCGCGUUCAGGAGAUUGUAAAAAAAGGAUCAUUGGAUACGGAAUGUCUUGGCGGUGGUCGCAUCGAACACAAUCCCGACAAGAAGUACAUAAAAAUCUAUGGCUACUCGCAGGGAUUUGGAAAAGCCGACCACUUGGAAUCCAAGAGAAUUUUACAAACUAAAUACAAAGACUACGAAAUCGAGGCAUCCGAUGAGGGAUAUUAAA